AUGGCUGAUCCGAAAAACGAAAUGGGUACCGAAGCUGGCACAGCAAUGGACAGCGAAAGCGUUCUGAACGAUUUACGUCUGCUGGAGCUGAUAACCAAGUAUCCUUUUCUGUAUAGUAAAGCAGCGCAGCCGGAACAGGACUCGGAAUACGACGAGUGGGCCUGGAAUCAGAUUUCGAAGGAGUUUAAUGCCAGCUACGAGAACUUGCCGCUGAGUGCCCCCUUCUCGGCAGACGAGCUGCAGUGGCGUUGGAACUUGCUGCUACCGACCAUGGGCACCCUUUCGAAGGCGAAGGGACAAAUUCCCUUUCAACUGUGGUCCCUUGUGACGGAGAUCGAACGCUCGCUAAGUACAGAAAAUUUGGAACCACCCAGGGACUUGACGUCGUCGACUGGAAGUCGAGUUCCUCGAUAUCUCACACAACUCUCGCUUGAUGGUCCUCAGUACAAACCAGUCCAACCAAAAAUCGCACACACUUUUGCCAUCCCAGGUCCCCGUCCCAAAACCAAUCUGGUCAUUAGCAGUGUGUCUGGUGGCCAGGAUCUCAUUAAUGUCCCGACGGCGACUGUUUUCAUACCGAUUCAAGCUUUCACGAGCAAUGUGGUUGGACCCAUUAAUCCCGCGCCGGACGUUUCGACACCGCUUGAUAUCAAUGUGAUUGGUGCCAAGAAGGAACCCGUUGAGUGCCCGCCGUCUGUUUCACCACCGCUGGACAUUAAGACAGAGGUGGAGGUGGCCCUUGCGGCCAUUGAGCUUGCCAUUGAGAUGGAAAAUGUACGGGAAAAUAACCCAGAAGAGGCACAAGAGAAAUCACCGGAGAAAAACCGCACUCCCGUGGAGAAGCCCGAUGAUGCCACUCUAAAUCCUAAUCCGCGGUAUAUACCGAUCAAGAGCGCCAAGUACUACACAAAGAAGCUACUCGUUCGGGUGAAGCGCAUUGAUCAGGACGAGUAUUUGGUUUUCAUAUUUCGUUUGCUUCGCAUGCUCGAUAAACUAGUAACUAAACAAACAAAUAUGCGGGAGCGGGAGUAGGAGCUGGAGCUGAACUGGAGGCUGCAGGCGGGAUAACGAGGACGUAGUGGCGGACAAGGCCUCUGUUGGGCGUCACAUUGUUGUCAGUUUUGGUAUCUGGAUCAAGAUUCGUAUCCGGAGUUGGGGAUGCUCCAAUGCCGACAACAGAGGGUAUCGCCUUCGGCGAAUCCUCUUGCGCGUAGCCCACACGCAACGAAUGGUGCCCUGGAUCGAAAACUAGGGCUCCAAUUUCGUCGCCGCCAUAUAGCAUGUUGCCUCCAUUCAUCUUGGAGCGUCGGGACUACUUUUCAGCUUGAUUUCUUGCAAAAGUUCUCGAAAUGCCUGUCUUGUCUGUAUUUAUUUUUUGUGGCUUUUUUCACGACGCUUGCGUUAAUGGCAAUC